CCAUUCCAGUUGCUUCCCGCCGUCGACCAUUUUCCGCGCUUCUGAUUGGCCAGUGCGCGGAGAGAAAUUCUGCACUCCCCGAUAUUAUUUUCGAAGCAUGUCCGAACAUCAACUACACAAAAAACCCAGUGUCAACACAGAGCUCUCAGCUCAUCCGCUUCACAGUAGUAAAAAGCAACCAUUCUGUUAAAUUCAAGAUGGAUGCUUUCAAGCUACUGACCCGGUCGACAAAACUAAAGUCGAGUGUCGUGUCAAAACCUCUGCCGUCUGCAGGAAAGGCGGAAAAUCCGCAACUCUUCCGUAACUCGGAAAACUCGCAGCAUGGGACAAAAAGAAAAAGAGACACCGAUGGUGAGAAAGCAGGUGAUGAGGGAGAUGAUGUGAAUCUGGACUUUUUCAGCUCUUCAAAGGGGUUACCCUCGCUGGCUAAAGCAGAUGCCUCAAAUGGGACUAAGAAGGAAAAUUCAAAUGAUCGGACUGGAUCCGAUGAUGAGGAAGAUUCGAAUUCCGAAGGAGCCAAAGUCAUGGAUGAAGGCGAAAAGAGAUCUAUUUUGAAGACUCACAAGAUCAAAAUCACUGAUCUUCGUGAUCUGGAAGAGAUUCAACCGUUGAAAUCGACAAAAGAGCCGAAGAAGAAAAAGAAGAGACAGGAGUCCGCCCCAGUUCUCACAAAGAAACAGCAGAAGGAGGCGAGGAGAUUGUAUCCGCAGCCGCUUACUUCCUUUCAUGAGCUUCGAUCGAGAUAUCAGAUCUCCAGGCGGCUUGCAGCAAAUAUUGCCGAGCAAGGGUUUACUGUGCCUACGGAAGUGCAACUGGGGAGCUUGCCGUUAUUAUUGGGAGAUGAUUCUCUUCCCAAGCAGUCUGGCUCUGAAGGUUCUGAGCCGGACUUGUUGAUUGUUGCUCCUACUGGCAGUGGAAAGACCCUGUCUUUCCUGAUCCCUGCUAUCAACAAGAUCGUUCGACAGCAUCAUGAGAAUCCCGGAGAACGUGGUAUCUCCUCCAUUAUUGUUGCACCGACCAAGGAAUUAGCGGGCCAGAUCGUCAAUGAAGGCAGGAAGCUCACUCUGGGGACCGGUGUGAAGAUCACAUUAAUGAAAAAGGGAAUGCGUGUCGUUGAGCGUGAAGACGAUGAUGAACAGGAAGACAGCGAAGAGUCGUCGGGAUCGGAGGAGGAAGAAAAAGCUGACGCUAAAAAGAAUUCGAAAAAGAGCACUGUGACCAAGAGCGACAUUCUGGUUACAACACCUUUACUUCUCGUCAAUGCACUGACGGCAAAUCAGACAAGCGAUCCUACACCGCUACCUACAGUCAGAAGCUUGAUCUUGGACGAAGCAGAUGUCCUGCUUGACCCUCUCUUCCGGGAGCAGACGCUUACUAUAUGGCGAGCUUGCACACAGCCUCAGCUUCGCGUCAGCCUAUGGUCCGCAACCAUGGGUUCCAGCAUUGAAGAAUUGACAAAGUCAACUAUCAAAGAACGCCGGGAAUCGCUCAACCUCGCUGAAGAAGCGCCUCUUAUCCGUCUCGUUGUCGGCAUGAAGGACUCAGCUGUUCCCAAUAUUACCCACAAGCUCGUCUACGCCGCUACAGAGCACGGAAAACUACUUGGACUCCGACAACUACUCCAUCCUACUUCUUCUGUCACCCCUACAGAGACCCGUCUCCGGCCACCCUUCCUCAUCUUUACCCAAACCAUCCCUCGGGCAGUUGCCCUGCACUCGGAGCUUAUGUACGAUAUCCCCUUGGAAGCGGGAGGUUCUUCCCGUAUUGCAGUGCUACACUCCGAUCUGUCCGAUACUCAACGUUCUGAAAUCAUGAAACGUUUCCGGAAAGGCGAGGUCUGGAUCCUCGUCACCACCGACCUGCUCGCCCGAGGUGUCGACUUCCGCGGAAUCAACGGUGUGGUCAACUACGAUAUUCCCAACUCUGCUGCAUCCUAUGUUCACCGUGUGGGUCGUACCGGACGUGCAGGCCGCGAGGGCGGUAUAGCCGUGACAUUCUACACGAAGGAGGACAUUCCUUACGUGAAGAGUAUCGCGAAUGUUAUUGAUGCAAGCGAGAAGCUCCGGGGCAAGGACGCCAGUGAGAAAUCUGUCCAGAAGUGGCUGCUGGACGCUCUACCAGACCUGAGCAAGAAAGAUAAGAAAGAAUUGAAGAAGCAUGGAGUCAAGGCACGUCAGUCGUCCGUUAAGAACGAGCAGGAUGCUAGAUUGCAGAAGAAGAUGAGAAUUAGCACCAAGAGCGGAUUCGAUCGACGAAUGGAGAAUAAAAGGAAGGGGGCCGUUAUGGGUAGCCGCAAUAGGAAGGCCAAGGGACCUGGUGGUCAGGAAUCUGGUAGCGAAAAUGAGGAUUGGGCUGGGUUCGAUGAUUGAUUUCAUUGGCUUUCCCUGGAUUGCCAUGUCCAGAGAUAUGCAGAGUUUAUA